AUGUCGACAACGGAACGCAUUGCCUACGGCGCAGAUGCUCCCAAGAGUGACAAAAGUAGCAGUAGUGAUGCUGCUGCCGUUCCCCCUCCGACCCAUGGCGAGGUGAAUCCCAAGUCUAGCCGCGAGGCGGAUCGAAACAGGCACCUCGAUCAGUCUCUAGCCGGAAUCCUCGUCACAGAAGACGCAGUCGCUGCCACUGCCGAAAUCCUCCGAAAAUCACUUGUCCGCAAGUACGACAUCCGUUUGAUGCCCGUUUGUUUUACUACUUUCCUUUUCUUUUUCCUCGACAAAGCCAACAUCGCCCUUGCUCGGAUCAAUGGCUUUGAAGAGGAUCUCGGGUUAACAUCGAUCCAAUUCAACGUAGCCCUGAUGCUGUUCUUCAUUCUGAACAUCCUUUUCAACAUCCCUGGCAAUCUCGCUCUACGGCGUGUCGGAGGCGGCAACUGGCUGCCUCUGCUAAUUGUCUCCUGGGGAAUCGUCACCACCCUUACCGGCUUUGUGACCAACUUCGCCGGCCUGUGCGUCGCCCGCGUCUUCCUGGGCCUCACCGAAAGCAGCUUCAUGGGCGGUGUUCUUAUAUACCUGGGCUUCUUCUACACUCCUGACGAGCUGAUCUCACGGGUCGGCAUCUUCUACUCGAGCGCCCCUCUCGCUGGUUCGGUUGGUGGCCUCCUCGCUGGCGGGCUCGGUCGCGUAAGAGUCAGCGGCUACAACGGCUGGCCGUGGAUUUUCUUCGUCGAAGGCGCCCUCACCGUGAUCCUCGGUAUCGUCGCCUACUGCUUCCUUCCAAAUACGCCCCGCGACACCAGGUUCCUCUCCGAUCGGGAACGUACCCUUGCCUUGCGUCGUAUGCACAGCCAGGACCACCAAUACUACUCGAACGUGUCCGUUGCCGACGAUGUUGACUUCCGAUCGACAGUCAACCCUGAUGAGAAGCCAGCAAAAGACCGUCUGCAAUUCAAGACCGUCAAGCGCGCCAUCUUCAACUUCAUGACCCUAAUCAUGAGCAUCGGAGCCUUCUUCUCUAUCGAAGCCAUUUACUCAUACGCCCUAUUCCUUCCGACAAUUGUCCAAACUAUGGGCUUCAAAUCGCUUCAAGCCAGUCUCAUGACAGUGCCCCCCAACUUUAUCGGCUUCCUCUUCACCCUGGGCAUAUGCUAUUGGAGCCGCCGCAUAAGACGUACCGCACUUCCUCUGAACGUGUGCUGCAUCCUUGGUAUCAUUGGCUUCAUUCUGCUGCUCGUGGGCCUGCUAGCCAUUGGAUUUAUCACGCCCCUCUGGAUGCGCUCUGAGAAUCACAAGCGCGAUCGAGGUGAGCGGGAUCACCGACUUGACGAAGCGCGAUGGGUCGCUGCUGGGCAGACGAAGGAGCAGUACGAACUGCAGCUUGGAUGGCUGCAUCCGGGCUACCGAUACAAGAUCUGA